UUACUCAAGAGAUAUUAAAUCACGUGAAUAGUACUUUGAUUUUUACCUGAUGACGUCAGCAUCAGAAGAUAAAUAAUUAUCUGGUGGUUUAAAAUUUACACCAGUAAAACGAAAGUGUGGUGGUAAUAUUAUCUGAAAGUAAUGUAAUCAUCUCGUGAGAAUCAUAUGACUGUGAUGCACGUGACUUUAUUUACAGUUGACUUUAUAAAUUGUGAAUAUGUAUGGGACAGUUUCCUGCUGCGGUGAUAGACCGUAAAUUAAUAUUUGAUAACGAGAUGCGGAAUUUUAAUUAAUAUAUUAUAUUUAUCCUUAACUUAUAAUGACUUUAUUCGAUAAAUUAUUCGCGAGUAAAAAAAAUAACAGCAAAAAUUUCGAUGAUUUAUUACCGCUGAAGAUUGAAUUUGCUACUCGUGAUCGCAAAAAUAAAUUAAAAUUUGGAGCCGAUCAAGUGAGAAUUUUAUUAUUCCGUGAGUGCGAGUGGCGAGGAAGAAAAUUAUUAUUCGAUUCAGUGUCUGUUAAAAAUGACGGAAAUAACAUCAAGUGUCAUGAUGACAGUUCAUGUCCGCGAAACGGAAAUGGUUUACCUCAGGAGAGUGAAAAGGAUCCUUGUGAUAACGUGAGUCUUUUAAGCGAAAUGAUAUUCGGCACAGUGGCUAUGACAUACAGAGGUCCUUUGUUCAAAGUACAUACUUUUGACACUUCAAAAUGUAUUAUGUGUUGCAAAGUUUUCCCUGCUUCAGACCAUAAUCCCCAUAAACAAAAUGGGACUCUGUCAGAUGAAGCUCUCGGUACGUCAAAUCAUGACUCGAAUUCUAGCAACGGAAGUACUCGCAAUACUCUUUCAUUCCCGAGUUCAGGUAAUUUUUCAUCGGGUAGCUUGAGAAAAAGUUCAACAUGUUCAAGUACUUGUAGCGGAUGGGAUAUAGAUGUACCUCUAUUGGGAAGUUCUCAGUCAAUAGACAGCAGUUCCUCGUCAGGUUUUAGUAGUUUAUCAAGUCUACGUAGACGAUGGCUACGAGCCAUGUCGACGUCCCUAAGCAUCACUGAGUCAGAUGAAAUAUUUGGAUUUCAACCGUGCGGUGAUACGUCCGGUGACAUUUGUGAUUUUAAUACACGGAGACACAAAACAAGACUCGGGCUGGCUAUUUUAAUUAAAUUAACACUUGGCCAAGAACGAUUGAUGGAAGUAAGACUGCUGGAGCAUGCGGCGCAGCUUGAGGCCAUGUUAAACCGAUUGUGUUACGCCUGCAUCAAACCGACGAGAAGAAAAAUGAAUGUAGAACGUAAAGGACUGACUGUGAGACUUCAUCAGACCGCAUUACGGUGCACACUCUGGUUACUGCGGUUACUUAUGACCACAGACAACAUUGGAAUACCAUCUAUAUGGCAUCACGUUUUGCUAAACUCGUCUGUUUGUAGAGAAAUACGAGUUAAUAUGUUGUGUCGUAGUUUCCAUCAAAUGUGUCUGUUAUUAAAUAAAAUUGACACUAAAUCUACAAACUUCUUUCUCAGUACACUUGUAACAGCUGUUUUAACUUAUCACCUUGGUUGGGUCAAUACAAUAAUGUCAUCACGUGAUAAAACAUUGAUAGAAAAUAUUAAAUUGAAAUAUCCGUACAAUCCACUGUGGGCACAAUUAGGUGAUUUGUAUGGAACACUAGGCAAUCCAGUUAAAUUCGUCAAUACGGUAAUUGUUGGUGACCCCGAAAAAGAAACAUUAAUAAAUGCAAUACUGACAUUUCUGUCGUACUUCAUACGCAGCGCAAUAGUUGAAAAGCGUUAUGAAGUGCGUUAUUCACCUGAAGAAGAAGUACAAGACGCUAUAAAAAUUUUGCAAAGAAAAUCUCCAACCAAAAGUAGUAAAAAAAAUAAUUUAUCUCAGCUAUUGAGUUCUAAUGGCUCUAAAAAUAGUUCACUUGCCAGUGAAGUAAAAGCUAACACUAGUAAAAGUAUUAAUAAAACAUGUGUUGAUUUGAACAUUCCAAAAUUACGUAAAACCGUUAGUUUGCACAAAAAUCUUAAUUCAAAUCUGUCAAAUUAUUUAAAGACCGAUUCAACUAAACUACCAUUGAAGCUCGAGUCAUUUCAGGAUGAUUUAGCGGCUGAUUAUUCUACAAUGUGUUCAAAUGAUUUUGACAAAGAAGAAACUUCAAACUCGGUUAAAAUAGUCGUCAGUGAAAUCGCACCGCAAACUAAUGUACUGGAUGCAGAUAAAAAUUUAUCCAGUGGAUUGUUGCUGGGAUCUGAUGAUUUUGAACAAAAAGAUGAUUGGAGAGAUCCCGAAUCGACGUCAUUGUCACACAAAUUUUCAUUUUUACACAAUAGUAUUCAAGAAAGUUGUGCAGCAUCUAAUGCGACAACUGAAGUCUAUUAUUCGCAGGUCGAGUAUACACAGCAACAAGAUGACAAUAAACAAAACCAAGUAUUUUUUACACUUGGCGGUGAAGAUAAGACAACUAGUGACAAUAUUUCUUGUACAGAUAUUAGUUUUAAUAAUAAUAGUAAUGAUAAUAAUAAUAAUAAUAAUAUUAACAUUAAUAAUAAUUGUCAAUGUUCACUUGCAUUUAAUCGGGUACCAAGUACCUCAGCUCAGUUACCAGAGGGCGUAUUGCGUAAAAUUUUGCAAAGAAAUUUUCCAGAGUCAUCAAAAAGUAUUCAGCAACGGCAACCAGGUACAUCAUUUGGGUACAAAGAUCGUACUAAUUUACUUGGCUCCUGUCCAAAGUGCAAUGGCAGCGGAAGUGGUAAUUAUGAGAGCAGUAAACUUUUGUUAGAAACGCCUACGAAUGCUACUGAAGUUUUGAGAACUUGUGGUAACUCUGUUAGUACACGUGCUGGUAGCAGCAGCAGUAAUAGUCGAAAUAGUAGAGAAGCUUCUACUGCAACUGCAACUGCGGCCCGUCCAAAACGAAUUUAUACGCUCGAUGAAUUAUUAGAAGCUAAUAAUGUAAUUGAACUACCGAUGCCGAGAUCAAAAAUAAUAAAUGCAAAUAAAUCAAACAAUAGCUAUAAUUUUGAACAAGUUACGGGUUUUACGGAUACACUUUUACGUAGAACGGUCACUAAAGUUAUGAAUAAUUGUACAUUUGAUUCGGGUUACACGUCUGGUCUAGUCAUACAGGGAUUAGUUAGAAAAAAAGAGGACUGUAAAGAGCGUGAAGCUAAUGGUGAAAGAGAUAGAAAAAUAUAUUGUUUGGUUGAUGAGUUGAGAGAAGAAAUAAGUAUUAAUUCACAAUUUUCAAUGGUUGAUCACGCGAUAUCGGAGUCAUUGUGUAUACUUGCUGAUGUUGAUAAUUGGCAAGUUGGAAUAGUAUCGAAUAACUCGACGAUCAAGAGUCCUUUGCUGCCAGUUGGUAUGUCUGCUUUGGUAUCUAAUAUGCUUGAGGCAUUUGGUUAUUUAUGGAGUAAAUAUCAAUCACCUGGUCAUUGUCUGAAUAUUUUGGAAAAUAAAAUGCGUGAAAUCUGGUUAAGAAGUGAAGCAUUGGCUAAAGUAUUAAUGACUGGAGAUGUAUGCGAUAUGAACUUGUCAAAUUUAACAAAUACUCUGGACCUUGAUGCUGCCGAUAUACCACUUUUACUUGCUGUUGCUACAACUCAUUCACCACAAAUUGCGCAACGAUUCGGACUUACGCUUACUUAACAUUUUAAUACUGUUAUAGUUAUAAAUAUAAAUAUAAUUAAUAAUACUAUUUUAUUUAAAUGAUUAAGAUGAAUGAAUGGUUUUAAAUAAUAUCGCUGUGAAUAAAAUACUUUUAGUUAUGGAAAUUAAUUUUAAAUUAAUGCUCUCAUAUAUAUCUAGUUAAAAAUACUAAUGAUGUGAUUAUUUAAAUUAUUAUUGAUGCUGAGUGAUAGUUUUAUAUGAAGGUGAUGUUAUUGUGAUGAUAAAUUUUUAUUGUAAAAAAAUAUUAAAAAAAAAAGUUUGCCGUCAGAGUUAAUAAAAAUUUUUUAAAUAAUAUUUAUAUACAGGGACUUACUUCGGGGAUAAAUUUCAUUAUAUGUAAAUAUGCGCUGGUAGCUUUUUAAA